ACUUGAAAUAGCCAGGAGAUUCUAAAUGUGUAAGCGGCGUCACUAUUUGACAGAGUUGUUAAUCGCACUGGUUCCUCGCAGUUGUAGCGAUCCUGCGCUGUGCCAGUCUGGAGUGUCUCUGCGGAGCCCUGCGCUCUGUGCAUUAGCGGCGCAGCGCGUCUCCACCGCUUCAGCGCAAUGCAUCGCCCGUUCCUCCCCACGCUGUCCUCCGAGCGGAGCUCUUCCUGCCGAGACAGUGGAGGAGGUGAGAGGUCAGAGAGAAGCAAGCUCACCGACUCGCUCUGAGACAAUGUGACUGCCCGCCUCCAAUCGCAAUGAUCAGCCGCUGCAACCGCGAUAACACCAGACAACCGCAAUAUUCACAACAGCAACGACAACAGUAAUACUACUGCUGUUUAUCCGCGUCCCGGGAGCGACCCAGGCUGCGAUCUGCGAGCCGAGCACGGCUGAAAUCGACAAGGGGAAACACAGAGCGGGCUGUCUGCGCUGCACAGCCCAUCAUCAGUCCGCCGGCGGUAUCAUCCGGGAGAGCGUCCCUUUAUGAGAAAAACAGCAGCAGCUCCGAGCCUACCCGCUUCUCAAGCCUUCCAGUUACACCUCAACCCCCCAGAUGCUGGUAUGCAGUGCUGCGUGGAAGAGCCUCGCUACACCAUCGAGCAGAUCGCCCUGUUGCAGCGACUGCGUCUCUCCGGCAUGUCCAAACCCCAGAUCCUGCACGCGCUCGACUCCCUGGAGCGACUGGACCAGGAGCAGAGCCACGCGCUUCCACGGCAACCGACCCAGUGCUGCGGGAACCACGGCAACAUGCCGGCCACGCCCCCCGCCUCUUCAUCCUCCUCCCUUCUCACCCCCGCCAGCCUCGCCCCCUCCCUCUCCCCGUCGCCUAGCAACGAGGCCUCCCCGCCCCCCCAGGGUCAGUCAUUCAGCUACGACCUGGAGGAGUGGGAUGUAGAGGAGCGAGUGGAGGAGUACAUGAGGAGAGACAGCAGUGUGGUGAAGGAGGAAAUCAAAGUCUUUUUAAAUAACCGGAGGAUUUCUCAAGCCAUCGUGGGGCAGGUCACAGGGAUCAGUCAGAGCUACAUCUCACAGUGGCUGCUGCAGCAGGGGCUGGAGAUGAGCGACCCCAAAAAGAGAGCCUUCUACCGCUGGUACCUGCUGGAGCGCAGCAGCCCAGGGGCCACGCUGUCUCUGCGGCCCCUGUGUGACCCUGUGAAGGAGGAGCCGGAGUGGCGCGCGAGCCCGGGAGGGGGCGUGUCCGGGGGUGGGGCUUUGAGGCUGCGUCGUGGGAGCCGUUUCACCUGGAGGAAGGAGUGCCUGUCCGUCAUGGAGAGCUUCUUCCAGGAGAACCAGUAUCCCGAAGAGUCCAAGAGAGAGGAGAUCGCUGGAGCCUGCAACGCCGUUAUUCAGAAACCAGCCGGCUCCCGGCUGUCAGAAUUCGAGAAGGUCACAGCUCUGAAGGUCUACAACUGGUUUGCAAACCGGAGGAAAGAGAUGAAGAGGAGGGCCAAUAUAGAAGCUGCUAUCCUGGAGAGCCAUGGAAUAGACGUGCACAGCCCGAGCUGCCAAUCAAACAGUGAUGACAUCGAGGGGGCGGAGUUCCACGACAGAGCUGAUCUCACCUCGGGGAACGCCCCCCAGCAGGAGCCCCUCUCUUUGGCCGAGCAGGCAGUGACUCUGCACAGCCCGGUCCUGCGGCUGGCCAAUCAGAAGGCUGGAGAGCUGAAGAGGGAGGCGGUGGAGGAGGAGUGAGCGAGCAGCAGUCCUGAUCAAUCGAUCUGUCGACGCGAGGGAGCUGGCCCAAUCCCGCGGCAGUACAGCUCCUCCUAGUCACUCCCCCUUCCUGGAGUCGGGCCAAUGAGGCGCCAGGGAUUCUCCUGAGCAAAACCGUCAGCCUCUUGGCCAGCCAAUCAGCAGUGCCGAUUCAGGGCUUGGUGGACACAGUAUGUAUUCACACUAAUUGUUCUAUUAAUAAUAAUAUCAAUGAUAAUAAGAUAUGUACAGUAACAAUGUGAGUCUAUAACGCUUUCCAGAACUGUGUGGAAGUGAGGGUUACGCGUUGGUUUAAAAUCAGAUUCUUUUCGGAGGGGGGACAGGGUUGAUGAGUUAACCCCUGAAGUUACCCUUUUCAUGAAUUCUUAUUUUCCUGCUGUUUUGAAUGGAAAGGUUGUUUUGGAGAAUGCUUGUAGGGUUAGUACAGGUACCCCCCCUGCACUGUUGCUGUAGAAUCCAGUGCCUUUAGACUGCAGACUGUUAGAUAACAAACCCUAUGAGAACAUGUGUUUGGUUUUUAUUUAAAUGAUGUGCCCUCAAUAAAACAAAUAUAACUAAUUAAA